AUGGCCUCCCUCCUCAACAAAGCAAAAGACGCCCUCCACCUCCCCACCAACAAAAACAAGGAAAUCAGCAUCGCAGGCCAAAAGAUUCAUCAUACGGGUUAUGGAUUGAUGGGAUURACUUGGAGGGCCAAUCCUCCGACACAGGAGCAGGCUUUUGAGGCGAUGAAAACUGCCUUGGACAACGGAGCGAAUUUCUGGAAUGGUGGCGAAUUAUAUGGAAAUGAACAGCGCAACAGUCUCCAUCUCCUAAACGAAUACUUCACAAAAUAUCCCCAAGAUGCAUCCAAAGUCGUAAUCUCAAUCAAAGGCGGCCUAAUAAAAGGCGGCAUGAAACCCGACGGUAGCCCCGACAAUAUCCGUCGUUCAAUUGAAGAAUGUCUUCGAGUUCUAGACGGGAAGAAGUCAUUGGAUAUUUUCGAAGCCGCGAGAGUGGAUCCCAAUACACCUAUUGAGAUUACCAUGCGUACUGCUAAUGAGUAUAUCAAAUCCGGGAAAUUGGGUGGGAUUAGUCUUUCGGAGUGUAGUGCGGACACGAUCCGUCGAGCUGCGAAGGAAGUCGAGAUUUCGGCUGUUGAGGUUGAGUUUUCAUUGUGGGAGAGGACUAUUCUUGAGAAUGGUGUUGCUCAAGCCUGCGCUGAGCUUGACAUCCCCAUCGUUGCGUACAGCCCACUCGGACGCGGUUUCUUGACGGGUCAGAUCAAGAGCAUCUCUGACAUCCCCGAAGACGACAUGCGUCGACACUACCCCCAAUUCCAGCCCGAGAAUUUCGAGCACAACAUCAAAAUGGUACACGAGCUCGAAGCCAUUGCCAACAGGAAGGGUUGCACGCCUGGUCAGAUUGGACUUGCUUGGGUGAGAAGUCAAAGCGGUCGCAACGGUCUCCCAAUUUUCAUUCCCAUCCCUGGAGCGACGACAGCCGAGCGAGUUCGUGAGAAUCUGGUGGAAGUGGAGCUGAGCGAGAAUGACCUCAAGGAGAUUGACAGUCUUCUCGCCAGUCACAAGAUUGUCGGAGACCGAUACCCAGAGCAUGUUGCUGCUCUGAGCUUUGGUAACAGCCCGCCAUUGAAGGAGUAG